CAACUCUGUUCACAUCUGGUCAAACAAGUCACUCACGGCCGCUUCGUUCUCUGUAUCUCGCUGCAUAGGACCCAAGUUGCUGUAUCUCUACACCAAUUGUCCACCAGAGCAUUUUCUCUCCAGUGGCCUCACCAUCGACCAAGACUUCCCAGCAAGUUUCUGUUCUAUCGACCGACAACCAUGCUUGCGACGAUGCGACCUAGCUCCGUUCAAUCCACCAACCUGCAUCAACAACCGCCCUCUAGAGCCAGUUCCAUUGCUUCUUCCCACCACUCCUCCAAGUCUACCGCAUCCUCCUCCAACCACCGCAUGGCAGAAAGCGCCAUCGCAAAGCCUAAGACCGCAGCCAAGCGACCCAACAACAAGUCUGGGGCUGCAGGCGGUCACAAGGCGACCCACGUCUCUUCUGAGGAGAAGCAGGGCAGCGGUAGCAACAGCCCUCGUCCUCGAUCCAAGAAGGCUCUGCCCUCGCACGAUGAGGUGCACUUGCAGGCAAUGAAGUCAACCCCUGGUCUGCUGACCCUCAGCAAGCCGCUCGAGGAGGAGGCGGUCUCUCGUAAGAGCACAGCAAAGCCGAAGAAGGACAGGAAGAAGGCGGUCGCAAUCGAUGAGUCGACUCCCGAACCUCCUUCCUCUUCCAUCCACCAUCUCUCCAGCUCUGCACCGGAGACAUCACGACCACUGAGCAAGAGGAGCGAGAGAGCGGCACCUGAACGAGAUGCAGCUGCAUGGGAGAUGCCUUCCUCUGGCGGAUCAGCGCAGGGCCAGCCAGCACUCAAUUGGCAGCAGCAGCUCAUGAACGCGCAGCCGUCGGGCAACAAAGCUGCGACCAUCUCCGCAGCAGCCACAAAGAAGGCGGCGCGCAAGCAAGCGCAGCAAUCUACCUCUUCCGCGAGCAGCGAUGCCCUCACUUGGCAGCAGGAGCUCUUUAAUCCAGCCGCCAAGGCCAAGCGCGGCCCCCAGUUCGACGUCUUCGCCGACGCGCGAGACGUAGAGACAUUUGGCGGGGUCAGUGAGGAUGAGAGCUCUCGCUCUCGUACCAGCAGUGUGGGCGAGCUCAAGGCUGGAAAGACCGGCAAGAAGGCUGGCAAGGGGGGCAAGAAGGUCAGCGCCGCGCAGGACAUAGCAGCUGGCGACCUGUCCCUUGAUGAAAUUUUCGCUGCAGGGCCGGGCUCAGGCUCCGCAUCUACGGGGUCAAAUAGCAAGAGCCACAUCCGCAUCCAAUCCAUGCCGCCUGGUGCUGGCGGCCCCUCCACUCCCGCGAAACGCGCCAACCCUCCAUUCUCCACGGCCCAUCACGCUUCCUCCCCAGCCUUGAGCUCCAACCUCGCUCCUCCUCACGACGCAGCGGCAGCAGCCGCUGCGGCCUAUGCAGGCCCAAACUUCCACAACUCACCCAGCGCGGCUAGUCUGCCGGCGCCCAAGUUCGGGAGCCGCAUUAGGGAAAGGUCUUCGGCGCUACAGCGUCAGGACUCGAGGAGUAGCACCAGUAGCGGGGGUGGGCGGGCAGCCGGCGGUAGCAGCGAUGCGGAGGGAGCAGCAGCCUCCGAAGUCGGCUUGCCUCGCUCAGCCAGGGGCGCAACCGCCCCCCCUGCGCCUAUGAGCUCUUCUUACCCUUCCUCUGGCCUGCCGGGGUCUUCGUCGUCGUACGAGGCAAUGCCAGCUGACUCGUCGUCUUCACUGUCCUCCAACGAUCCCGCUAGCAGCGGAGCCAACAAGUCGUCAGCGCCGUCCACGAUGACGAUGGACAAAUCGGCUACUAUCGAGAAUCUUCUUGCUCGACUGAUGGGCGGGCCGACGAUUUAAGCCCGUUGUCAGCUCAUCACUACCACUACAUCCUCUCUCUUGCGACACCUACCCUCGAUCCCUCCACACACACCGCGACAUCGACACGAUCCCUCCUGCGGCUUCAACAUGACGCAGUGAGCGUAGCUACGUCGCCGUCAAAGGCGCCACCCUUCUGCUCUACUUUCGCCACCCUAUGACCUCCGAUCCGAUUUCGCAACAUUUCCGUUCCCCUUCUAUCGCGCUCGCUCUUCCAAAGCUACCAGUGCUUGUACCUUCCCCGAUUAUGCGGGG